CAUAAAUUGGAUAACUUAUCUCUUUCAACUAUUAACUAUGAUAUAAAAUCAAAUAAACCAAGCAUGGUUUGGUGUCCUUUAUUACCAAAUCUCCAAUGUAUACAAGUACCACUUACAGAAGUACCUUUAGUACUAGAUUUGUAUACCUUUGACACAAUAUUACCUGGAGGUAGUAGGCUUGGUGAAGGUUAUAAAAUUUUAUCUGAGAACUGUGCAAAUAGAUGUUAA